GACAUCACGUCCGGUACGGCGCGCUGUUCUCCCUCCUUCCCAGAGCGCGCAGCUUGGAGGUGGGAGGGGAGCAUCUGGGAGGUGAAGAGGUAGCAGGGUAGAGGGCGCGCGAAUCUGGGAGGCCCCAACCCUGCUGGGUGAGCUGCCCUCGGUCUAACUUCCCCAGCCCAUAUUUGUCCGAACCGGUUGUGAGGAUCGUGUCUCCCGCGUGGAAAGGGCAGCUGGCUUCCCGGAAGUGCCGGUGUCCGCUGCGGGUGGGCGCGGGGUGUGUGACCUCACGGCAGCGUCCACAGCAUCCGAGGAGGCAGGCGCGCGCCGGGGCUUUGCUUCUCAGGCCCAGAGCCUCUCCCGUAACUUGCACAAUGGGUGCCAAUCUAUUCUAGAGCUGACCGAGGUGGGGCCGCGGCCGAGAGUAUUGAGGAGGGGGGCCUAAGGCGAAAACCUUUUCUCCCCUGGCAGCCGACUUGCUUUAACUUUUCUUUGAAAAGGAGAAUUCUUAACGCUCCUUGCACCUGUUGUAAUGUGAGAUCUUGUGGGCAAAGAAAUGCCUGUUUAACUGAGCUAUUGUUUCCUAUGAAGUUACUCAAGAUAUAGGAGAAUGUAUUUGAAUUUUAGGGGACCAAGUUUAACAAAACAUUCAUUUCAACUACCGUGCACGCUCAUCCAUACAACCUCGCGAAUGAGAUGAUGCUACAGUUCUGGGCUGCUUCAUCUUAAGGAGUUGAUGUUACUUCUGGCAAGUUCUGUCUUCCCUGGCUAUUAUAGUUGGUGGCUCAGUGCUAACUCAGAUCAUGUGGACCGCUGAUGAGAUUGCGCGGCUAUGUUACGAGCACUACCAGACCAGGCUGCCCAAGCAGGGGAAGCCUGAGCCCAACCGUGAGUGGACGUUGCUAGCAGCCGUGGUGAAGAUACAGCCUGCCACCGACCAGGCCUGUGGCAGUGCUAACAAACCGGUGCAAGUGACAAAGGAAGUUGUCUCAAUGGGAACGGGGACGAAAUGCAUAGGCCAGUCCAAAAUGAGGAAGAGCGGAGACAUCCUCAAUGAUAGCCAUGCUGAGGUCAUAGCCAGGAGGAGUUUCCAAAGGUACCUUCUGCAUCAGCUCCACUUGGCGGCCGCCCUGAAGGAGAAUAGCAUUUUUGUCCCUGGAACUCAGAGAGGGCUGUGGAAACUCAGACAAGGCAUCUUGUUUGUGUUUUUCUCCAGCCAUACACCCUGUGGGGAUGCCUCCAUCAUUCCAAUGCUUGAGUUUGAAGAUCAGCCCUGCUGUCCCGUCAGUAUACGUUGGGCCAAUAAGCCAUCAGAAGAAGCCAGUGGUAACCCAGAAACUCCUGAAGAUGAAAAGAAAUAUGAAGACCUGGGUAGUCCUGUGACCAAAAAGAUGAGGCUUGAACCUGGGAUUCCCGAUGGUGUGGCUCACUGUCAGAGUUUGGACAAUCAGGAAAGUGGUCCAGUCCCACCAACUGUCUCCAGCUCUAAUGUCCCCACACAGGAACUGGCCACUGUCGCCGGAAGGGCCCCCAGUGGUGCCAAAGUGGUGGACGUUUAUAGAACUGGAGCCAAAUGUGUGCCUGGAGAAGCUGGAGACUCGGGAAAGCCUGGUGCAGCAUAUCACCAGGUGGGCCUGCUCCGGGUGAAGCCAGGCCGGGGAGACAGGACCUGCUCCAUGUCCUGCAGUGACAAGUUGGCACGGUGGAAUGUCCUCGGAUGCCAGGGGGCACUGCUGAUGCACCUUCUAGAAGAGCCUGUCUACCUGUCAGCCGUGGUCAUUGGGAGGUGCCCGUACAGCCAGGAGGCCAUGCGGAGAGCUCUGACUGGGAGGUGUCAGAACGUCUCAGCUUUACCCAAAGGCUUUGGAGUUCAAGAAGUGACAAUACAGCAGUCCGGUUUACUGUUUGAACAGAGCCGCGGCGCAGUGCAGGCAAAAAGGGCUGACAGCCCAGGCCGACUUGUUCCUUGUGGCGCAGCCAUCAGCUGGAGUGCGGUUCCUGAGCAGCCACUGGAUGUCACUGCCAAUGGCUUUCCACAGGGAACAACACGGAAGGCAAUCAGGUGCCUUCAGGCCAGAUCCCAAAUCAGCAAAGUGGAACUCUUUAGAUCAUUUCAGAAACUGCUAAGCAGUAUUUCAGAGGACAAGUGGCCAGACUCCCUCAGGGGCCACAGAGAGACACAAGCCUUCGAUGCAUAUCCUCUGACCUAGCAGGGCAAGGAUGGGUUGUGGCCAUAGACAUGGAACUGCGGCUCCAGGAUGUACUGGUUGUGUGAUCUCGGAUCGGUCAGAACAUUCUCAGAGUGUCAGCGCCGUCCUCUCUGAAGCGAGGGCAACGCUGCCCCUGGCAACAGGGUCUCAGGGAUAAGAUCAGAUCACGUAGAACACAGCCAUGAGGAGGGCCGCCUAGCCGGCACACAGGAAACGCCAUCCUUGGUAUUUUAGCUCACAAGUGACUCUUCAGUUGGCGAAUCCUGAUUUCCAGAGCUUUUGCUAAUGAACCUAAGAGACUGUCCUUAGGAGGAGCCUACUGGACACGUGUUUGUGGAGCCUCUCGCUGCACACCAGGCACGCACGUUUGCCAGCACAGACCGUCUCCGCUCCACAUCUGGAAGCAGCGGCCUCUCUCCAGCUGCCAACGGGGCGAGGAAGCGAAGCUGUUGAUCACAGAGGUAUCUGUAGAUCCUCCCACUAACUGUGGCUUUGCCUCCCUGAUGUCAACCACUAGGAUUGGGGUUUUCCUCCCUAAGGAAAUCAAGAUGAAAAGGGGAGCCAAUUGCACUUUUUAAAGCGUUCCGACAUUUGGUCUAAUGAAGAGCAAGCAAGCCUUCUGAGAAUAAGAAAAUUGAUAUUGCCUCCUUCCAAAUGCUCCUUGGAGAUCCUUGGGCCACCUUUGGGACUGGUGCCUGGAUGCCCAAAGCUGCCCUGUGCCCUCCCUGUGGCCACCGUGUGUUUCAGCCACUGCUGCAAAAUUAAGACACGUCAGUGCUUGUUACAUAGGCUCUCGGCCCCAGGUCGACCAGCCCCCUGUGCCUUCUGAACACCAUCAGCAUGGCAGGCAUGACGCUGUGCGCCAGAGGUGCAGGGAUAGGGACGGUCCUCUUUUUCCUCCUUGACCAACGGGGAAGAUGGGCAGGUACCUUCACGGUGGAACAGCGCAGUGUGAGGGUGGCCGUGAUAGAGACCUAACACCCAACUGGGGGAGGGGCGCAAGGCGGACGGUAGGAUCACGGGUUAGCGGGCAAAGAGAAAUGGCGGCGCCUGCGGGACAGUUUGCGAGAAGAUCUGAGGUCCAAUCACCACAUACAAAGGCCAGCGAGGAGAGCAGGGCACGACUGGGCUGGCGGAGUAUGAGGAGCUCGAGGGCCACCUGGGGCAAGUCAGAGAGGACUUGGGGUUUUCUCCUGAAGACUCAGCACUUCAAGGAUGGUGAGAAAAGGGUGUUGGGAUGGAAGUGGCAUUUUAGAAAGAUCGCUCUCCUCUGCGGCAGGGAGGCUAGAAUGGCAGGGGCAGGGAUGGUGGCGGGGAGACCACAGAUGGGGGGUACUGGAGUCAUUAAAAGAGGAAUGCUGAAGCCCAGACAGUAAUGGUGUUAGGAGCCAUACGGAGAGGACCAAGCAGAGAAAUGCACAGCAGCCAGUGGGGCUGAUUGGCUGGUUGCAGGUAGGGGAUGAGCAGGAGGGAGGAAGGAAGGAGGAUGCUCCCAGGUUACUGCUGGGUGACAGGACGGACGGAAUAUGGUGCCACGUAUCAGGGUAGGGGACCCGGGAAGAGGAGCCGCAAGCCGAGGACGAUGAGCUCAGUUUCCGAGUACUACCUCGGGAUAAGGACCAGGGGUGGGCACUUUGAAGGGAGUGGUUCAGGGCUCAGGAGAGACAGAUGGACUGCAGACAGAGAUGGGGGGGGGCAUCUAUUUCUAGGAAGUCCUUGAAGAUGUGAGUUAAGGUAAAAUCAUCCAGAGAGAAUGUGGGUAGGAAGAGAAGAAACAUGGACCCUGGCCUGAGCCCUGGAGGCCAUGGAGAGCUCAGGAGAAAGCGGAGAAGCACAGAGAAGAGUGUGACCAUCCAGUUAGUAGCUUCAAGGCAGGGUGGGGGUGGGUGGGGGGGAAAUAAUCUCCUCCCCCACUGGGGGACAAGGUUAUUUUUGGCAUCCUCAGCAAGUGCAGGGUCAGGGAAGUAGGAGCCAGCCUCUCCUGGGCCGAGGAGGGAAGGGGAAGUGAGGGAUCGAGUCCCCCUUGUGCUCUUCCUCGGGAAGGACCCGGUCUCUGUUCUUGCGGGUGUAACUUAGAAACAAAAAGCUACGAAAUACUUCAAACAUAACCAUAAAAAGAAUAACACCCACCACACAAUCAGUGGUAACCAUCUUGCUACAUUUGCUUUGUGUUUUUAUUUUGUGGAGAAAUAAAAUAGGACUAGUUGUUUUUGAGCCCCCACAUUUAUCUCCUGCCUCCCUGAGGCUGUUCCCCUCCCUCUGUUAGGUAGCCACCCUCAGUUGUGUGGUUUCUGCUUCCAUUACGUACGUCUGCAUCUGUAAGUAAUACGUACGAUUAUUCCGCAUGUUUUUAAAUUUGAUAGAGAUGAUAUCAUGCUGUUUCUGCAUCUCGCUUUUUUCCUUCAUCAGCGCCAUUUUGGGGGUCUGUUUCUGUUGACACAUGUAGCUGUAGCGCAUUCACUUUACUGCUGUUGUAGUUUCCUUUAUACGAAUAUACCACAUAUCAUCCCCUCUAUUGUCCUGUUGAUGAAUAUUAUACAUGGGUGGGGAUAUUUCUAGGCUAUAUACCUAGAUGUGGACUUUGCUAAGUCAUGGGUUAUCUGCAUUUUUAAUUUCACUGGAUAUUGUGAAAUUGCUUUCCAGUGUGAUGGUACCAACUUCCACUCACAGAAGCAGUUUAUGAGAAUUCCAGAUGUUUCACAUCCUCCCACCAUUUUUAUAUGCUGCAACAUAAUUUGGCCAAUUUGAGGAGUGUGCAAUGAUAUCCCAUAGUUUGCUUUCCAUUGCAUUUCCACAGUGCCACAGAUACAACCAGUGUAAGAUUGCAUCUUUUAGUAUAGAGCUUAUGCACUGAACAACUCUAGGGGGCACUGUUCACACUGUAAUCUUUGUGAAAAGCACUCUCUAGAGUUGGUGCAAUGUGCCACAGACACAGUGGCCUUGAGUAAAGUUAAGGAUUUUCUGUUGUUCUCCUUUGCCUGUUGUUCUAAUUGGGCUGUUAUAUCUUAUUCAUUGGAAGAGUUUUUUAUUUAUUCUGGAUGUAAAUUUUUUUUUUUUAAUUUAUACCUGUUGCAAAUGUGAUCACUCUGUGGCUCCUAUUCUGUUAUAGUACUUUUUUUCUUGUACAAAAAGUCAUUUUUUAAUUAAAAAUUUUAAUGUACUUAAAGUUAUCAGCUUUUCCUUUUAUCAUUUGUACUUUUGUAUCUUGACUAAGAACUCCCUCCCUAGUCCAAGGCCAUAGAUAUUCUAAACUUCUUGUGGGUUUUACUUUUCCACAUUUAGAUAUUUAAUUCCUCUUGUUAUUUUUUGUGUGGUGUAAUAUGGGGAUUUUUUUUUUUUUU